AUGGCGCUCAUAUCCGCCCGCACAAUCAUCACCUCCCUCUCUCUCUUCCACCUCACACUGGCCUUCUUCUUUCUCACCAACCCGGCUGCUGUGUCCGACCAGGCAGUGGUGUACCUAUUAGGCGAAAGCAUGGGCCUGCCCCAUUCCCGCUCAUUCGACGCCCAGUCCCCCUCCCUCGCCUUCCUAGCCGUCAUCCUCGGGCUCUUCGGCCUAUGCGACCUCGUCACGCUCUCUCUCCCCGACGAGAUCUGCAUUGUCCAUCACUGGGGUGUACAAGCACCCCUCCGCCUAACAAUCUCCCUCCUCCUCUCAGCCUACUCCUUCUUCCUCUCCCCGUCCUCCCCCUUCUUCUACACCUCGCCCAAGGACUUCCCCCCGUACACCUCCGACACCCGCGCGCCGUUCGCCCAUCCCUCGGUUCACCAUGCGACACACAACCCGGCGUAUAUCCCCUCUGGAUGGGGCGGCGAUGCGCUGAAGAAUAGGGUAUUUUUCACGUUUAUGUUUGUGGAGACUAUGGGCUGGUUCUGGGCGCUGGUUACGUUGCGGGAGGAGCAGAGGGAGAUUUUGGAGAAGAAGGAGCGGCAGAGGCAGAGAAGACGGAGUAGUGGCUCGGGGAGUGGGUUUGGGAAUUUUGCACGGUAG